AUGUAUCUGAAAAGGAAAAUGUGGAAUAGCUUAAUCCUAAUGAUUUUUUCAGUCAACUCAUUUUUCAAUUUAGCAAAUGCCCAUGGAGAUCACCAUAUAAACUACAAUUCCAAGGAAGAGUACAACGAACAGAUACCUCCAGAGUUUGAAGGAUCAUGGGAACGCUGGCACAUGUUCCAUGAACACCAGCUUGAUGAGUUUACUCCUGAUGUUUUCUUUCGGAUUCAUGCCGUUUCAGAAGGACAGAACGUUCUCACGUCCAACGAUAUUUUGAGGAUGUACGGUUUACAGAGGGAUGAGAUUGUUGGCCAAGGUGACGGUAUGGGAGGCCACGACGACAGUGAAUUGGUGUCCCCACAACUGAAGGACAAGGUGGUGUCUACGGUGAUGAAUCUGAUGGAUAAAGACGGAGAUGGCACUAUCAGUUUGGACGAGUACUUGAAUUUUGCGACAGAUGGGGGUGAGUUUCCCGAUUUUGGGAUUGGUCCUGGUCAUGAAUAUGAUUUUGAAGAGGAAUACGAAAAACACCAUUGGCUAGAAUUUCAUGCAAACGAAGAUCCUGAUAUCAAUAUUGUCCAUAAAGAAGAUGUGGAGCACGAGCUUCUUCAUCAUUUCCAUGAAAUCGAACACGACGAUGAAGAUAUGCAUGAGAAUCCUAAUGGAAAGAAACACAAUGUACGUAAACCAAUAUUAGUCAAAAAUAUCCCUCCAAUGUUUCAAUAUUAG